AUGGCUGCAGCCUUCCUGUACCUUCUGCUUCCUCUCGUCUCCUGGAGCCUGGCCGGAGGCCAAAGCUGCACCCAUAUCCUGCCCACGGCCUCGGCCCAGGUGAACUACAACACCAUCGUCGGCUGCCUGCGCGGCGAGCAGCAGGCAGGACUGAGCGCUGGCACCUUCCUUCUGCCGCACGGCAUCCGGCUACCCCCGAACACGACCUUGUUUGGGGUGCCACCCAAUGCAUCAUCGGCGGAGUUGAUGUCACGGCUGGUGUUAGCAGUGCCCACCGCCAUCACGCACUACCUCCUCCUCGUAGGUUCGCACUCGGAGGUCAGCGGCGUGGUUCUGGAUGCCCGAGACAAUCUGCUGGGCGAGGGAUGCUGCAAGUGCGUCCUCUGCAUCUACGGCAACUUCUCCCAAGUCUCCAAUGUGGAGGCGAUGGGUACCAGCACCGGUGUCGGCGUGCACUUUGAGAGCCCGACCUCGCGGGGGAACACUGUGUCGGAGACCUCGGUGCGCGCCUGUUUCUACGGAGUCGCCUUCGCUUCCGGACUCAGCGCAAGGCAGGCGAAUGCUUUCGAGCGCGGGGUCCUCGAGAACGUCCUCUGCGAUGCGGUGUCCUUUGCUGGCUACGGAGAGGUCCGCCUCACGACCAUCCGGAGAAGUGGCUACGCCUGCAGACCGCCUGGCGACGGUGAGGCGCCGGCCGGUGCAGGCUUCUUCUGCCGUGGCAACUGGGACGGCGCCAUCGUCCACGCCAACCAGGUGGUAGAUACAUGCGGCAUGGCACUGGAUGUGGACUCGUGCUCCCACCUGGACAUCUUCAACAACACCUUCUCGGGACCAGGCUACGACUGGGAUGGGAACUUCACCCACUGCUGGGGUGCGCUGGCUGCCUCGCUGCUCGACUCGCAGAUGUGCUCCGUGUCGCGGAACCUCAUGAGCAAUGGGCGGGAGUCCAACAGAUUGGGCAUGUCCCAUGGCGACCAGCAUCAGGUCUUCAGUGAACUUGCGACCGCACCCUUCUCCGACCUGCCAAAUGGCACAGACACCGUCCUCACCUUCGCGCUGCUCCACCGACCACACGCCGGGGCCAAGCCCUCCAUCAACAACGAGAUUUCCAACAACUCCUUCACCUCCCGCUGUGCUGGAGAGAACGCCACCUGCGUCGGCUUGGCCUACUUCGUGGGGCGUGGCACUGGCCUGGAGGGGCGGCGCCUUCCGGGCCAUGCCUGGGGAGAGCGCGGGCCGAAGCAGCCGUCGCGCUUCACCGGGAACGUCGAAGAUGCGGACGUGGGCUCUGUGAGAUGUGGCGAGAAUGCCUACGCAGCUGCAGAGCCAGUGUGUCGCAUCGAGUCGGAUUGGCCCUGCAACGCCGAUGACUACCAGCACCCAAAGGAGAACUUCCGGAAUAACCUCCACUGUCAAGACUAUGUGGAUGUGAUCCACGAUCGCCCGGUGGACCAAAAUGGUGGCGGGUUGCGGCAGCCCCUCCCCAUUGUCAUGGGGCAGGGGACGCCGCGUUGGGAGAUGUAG